AGUAUAGUAUAAAAUAUAAUUAAAUUUAAAUACAAUAGGCUACAAUUACAACACUUUAGUAACUGUACUUGGUAACUUUCCACUGCUGGUUAAAAGUGACAUUUUAAUGAUGGAAACGGUAUGACAAUACAGUAGCUCAUGGUGGAUCAGGUUCAUUGCUGGGACCAAAAUAAAGACGGCAGCUCUGGGUCCAGCAGUGAUUGGUGAGUUGGUGGGGCACUCCUCAGCAAGAUGGCUGCAUUGCUGCGCGCAACAGUGGCAUCCUGGUGAAAUGACGCAAGCCACGGUUUACGUUCAGUCCUCGAGGCUCUGAGCUCUCGAGUCUCCAUAGCGCAGAUCCCGCCCGACACACAGCCGGAAGACCCGACCGGCUAUCCUCCAGUGGACCGAGCGGAACCGGUUCAUCUGAGUGAGAGUGCGAUGAGGAGAGGCUUCAGAGUGUGAGGCCAUGGGCUGCACCUCGGCCAAGCAGGUGUCGGCCGUGCCCAACGAUGAGGAGGGACGCGGCAAGGCCUACAGCAACGGAGACCUCUUCACGGAUGAAUACAAGAUGAAGGGAGUGGAGGAGGUGAAGUACAUGAGGGGGGAUGAAAACCGGGUGAAUGCACGCAACCAGGAGAACCUGGAGAAGAGUAAUGUACAGUACAGGGGCAAACAGCAGAAAGAGGUCGCUGCAGCAAACAUCAAGUCCAAUAUUCACACGUCAGAGAGCCAGCAGGAAUUUUUCAGGAUGCUGGAUGAGAAGAUUGAGAAGGGGCGAGACUACUGUUCAGAAGAGGAGGCGGAAGAUGGGACAUAGCACAGAGGCCCCCAGAAUUCACCCCCACAGAGAGCCUCACUGUGUGUGUGUGUGUGUGAGUGAGUGUGUGUGUGAGGGAGAGUGUGUGUGUGUGUGUGUCUAAAUGCAUACACGUGUGCUUAUGUGUGCCUGAGAGUGUAAGAGGGAGAGCUGAAUCAGUGUUUUAUCAGUAGGAUUGUUUGUUAUGGGACACUAUGUGUUGGUAUGAGUAUGUGUGUGUUUUAUGAAGAUAUGGCAAAGAUAGUAUUUUAAUCGUAAGUGAAAGAGUGGGGGAUAAAUGAAAGAGAGAGAGAGAGAGAGAAUGGGAUAAAGAAAACUUUCUUCAGAGACUACCGCCUUCCUCUCUUAGCUCCUCACCCCUUCAGGCCCCUGAGCGGACAGAUGGAGGUGGCAGAGCAAUGAAGGGACAGACAGAUGAAAGGAGGGAGAGAUGGAGGAGGAUACGAUGACGGAUGGGCACACAUCAUUGUGAAGAGAGAGAAGGACUUGCCACUGUCAGGUCAAACAGAGUUAUUUCCUCAAGUGGGACGACAGCAGCUCCUCGACCCUCCAUCUGUCCCUCCAUGUCUGUCUGUCUUACCCUCCGUGGUCCCAUCCUGAAUAUUUAACCCUUGCAUUUGGACAAAGGAACUCCGAAAUAUGGAGGCCAAGUGAGGACAAAUAUUGACUUGGUGGGUGUGUGGAGGACUGAGAGACAUAUAAGUGGAGAAGAAAGGAAGCCCGGGGAGGAGAGGAUGCUGAAAGCAAAGGAGUUAUGUAACGCCGCCAGGAUCCACUCUGAACUGUUUGGCCUGCCCACCCAUAGCCAGGCUGGCCUGGGCCACAAGGGACUAAGAGAAUGGGUGAGGGAGAGUGAAGGAAGGUGGAGAAGAAAGAGGGAAAAAUUUGGGAUAUUUUAAUAAGAGAGAGUAGGGAGCAAGCUGGUGAUUUAGAAACUCUAAACUCCUCCUGCCUUCUGAAGUCAAGGACCUUUUUUUUUCUUUUUUUUUUUUUAAAUUCUUUUCCGCAGCCACUCAUUCAGUUAUUUUUUUCCCAUUUCUGAUGUUUUUUUUUUUUUCUUCAGUUUGUUUGACUCUUGGCUUCCUCCGUAGUAUAUGAUCAUCGUCAUCUUUGAUGUCAUUAUCAUCUUCCUCAUCAACACAGCAAAGCUGUAUAAUUCAGAGCAUCUGUGUCUCAACCCAAUCCAUCCUCCUUUAUGUAACAUAACACAGCAGAUCCUAACUGACACACACAUACAUGGGGUCUUUUAUUGUACAUUUGGUAACACAGUCUCUUUCCAAUGCACCUUUACGUGUACAUGAAAACAACACAAACAUACGCACACAUUGUUGUAUCCCUUUCAUUACACCAGGAGACUGUCAUGUGCAUCGAUCAGAGGUAUUCUGUAAAGCUCUGUAUUUCUGCUUUGUUUCAGUGUUCUCGAUCUCGAUCGACACACACACGCACACACACACACACACACACACACACACACACACACACACACACUCAGGCACUGAAGCAGCAAGUUCAAGGUGAGGAUGCGUGGUUGCCGUGGAGACACAGACCUGAUCACUUUUUUUUUUUCUUUUUUUUUUUGUCAUAUUUCCU